ACGUUUCCCCACCCCUCCACACGCAUAUUCCAAUUUACAAUUUGCGAGGUUUGAUGUUUGAUAUAAACUUAAUGAAUGAAGGAAAGUGUAGAACAAACUACACACAAUGCAUCUAAUAAAAAUGAUUUGAUGAAUUUUAGAUAUUUUAACUGUGUGAAAUCAUAUCAGAAUAGUUCAAUUUAUUUUAUAUAUAUCUUUGGAAAUUAAAUAAUAAGAUGCUAAAGGAAAAAGGGCAAUUGAAAUUUGAAGACAAAUGGCCUCAUAUGGGCCCAAUUGUUUUGAAAUUGCUCAAACAAGAACCGGUUUCACCUGCAGAAUGGCAAGAAUUAUUUUAUGAUGUACACUUAGUAUGUCUUUGGGAUGAAAAAGGGCCGGCGAAAUUACGAGAACAUCUCCAUGAAGACAUAGUAGAUUUCAUUAAACAAGCGCAAACUCGGGUUCUUGCACAUCGUCAAGAAGAAGCAUUAUUGAAGGCAUACAUAGCAGAAUGGAAAAAGUUUUUCACCCAGUGUAAUUAUCUUCCAACGCCAUUCCGGCAACUCGAAAGUAGCUUGCAGGGUAAACCAACAACGUCCAGUUCAAAUGUGCAAAACAAUACUAAUAAAAAAAGUCUGGGAGAUGAGAGCAUGGUCCGAAAGCUUAUGCUAGAUUUGUGGAAUGAAAGUAUUUUUAGUGAUAUAAAACACAGAUUGCAGGAGAGUGCUAUGAAGUUGGUACAUGCGGAGAGGAAUGGGGAAGCUUUCGACUCUCAAUUAGUAAUUGGUAAGAUUUUUUUAUAGUGCCUGUGCCAUCAAUUGGUAAGAAAAGAACAUUAUUGAACAUUGGUUUCAUUUAUGAUCGAGACUCCAAGAGGAAACAAAAGUUUUAUAUUAAUCACGUCUGAAAAUAUAAUAAUUACAAUAAAAUACAACUAUUCUGCA